CAACGCAAAUAAGACGAACAGAACACCCAAAAUCAGCACUAGGAAAAUGAGUUAUAAUAAAUACAACAUCCAGGACACCCGCGCAGUAUCCAAACAUCCAGCUGUCAUCGAUCUGAUAGAGGUGGGCAAUGCGCAAGCUUUCAACGCUUUAAUAGACAUAACGUACAUGGAGAACACUAUCAUCUGUCGAUCUCGUGCCGAAGCUCAGGCUGCGUCCCGUAAUCCUAGCAAUCGCAAUAUAGGGCGCAUUCUUGAUAUGAAAGGUGACGAAAUAUCCGACGA